CAUUUCGAUCGUUGGAAAGUACCAGAAAUUCAAACACAUUCUGUGCCUCAAUUAAAUUCUCUAUAAAAUUUCAAUCUUUCAGCUGAUUAGUAAACAUUUUUAGAUGGGUUAAAAUGAAUCACAUACUUGCAAGGGUGAAAGCGACGAGACACAACGUAGGGAGUUGAGGCGAGAUCGAUAAAGUCUCGUUGCUAAAGCGUUGCUAAAGAAACUUGGCGAUCGCGUCACCUAUGUAUACCGUGUAAACAUUUAAAACAAGUCUAGUAACCAUGUCGGACCAGAGGAAAAAUUCUUCCACUCUGUCAAGUUGGAAGUACAAAACCUAUGAACGACAUCGUUCGAAGGUAAAGCAUGCAACGUGCGCGAUCGACGUGAAGCCUCCGAAAGACAGACCCCACGUUUUCUUCAACGCAAAGGGCUUACAAUUGGAGAAAGAGAAGCAAGAUCGAAUCAUGAGAGACAAUUUCAUUCUUCUAAAAAAAUUGCGCGAUAUCAUGCACCGGAAACGAGCCACAGAAGAGAAUCACAGACUCAGAUGGGAUGAGUCCAGAUGCAUCAGAACUCGUUGAAGCGAAUUAAUUUAAUUAAGUUUUACCGUAUAAAGAAAAAAUAGCCUUCGAUCUAUCUUUAAUACACGAUUUGUAU